AUGAAUAAGUUCAAUACUCUGGAACGAGGCGAACUAUACACUGUCGGCUGGAUUGCUGCUCUCGCCAAAGAGCUGGCAGCAGCACUUGCUAUGCUGGAUGAGAGGCACGGCAAACCAGACGACUUUGGAAAGCCCUCCUCUGACAAGAACUCGUACCACUGGGGUCGAAUCAGAGGGCACAACAUCGUCAUAGCCUCACUAGCUGCCGGAGUCUAUGGUACCACCUCUGCUGCAACCACAGCAAUCCAGAUGCUGUCUGCUUUCCCAAACAUCAAAGUCGGCCUGAUGGUCGGUAUUGGAGCAGGUAUCCCUAGACCGAAGCAGAAGCGUGACAUUCGACUAGGCGACGUCGUGGUCAGCCUUCCACAAGGACAGUCCGGUGGUGUACUCCAGUAUGACCUUGGGAAGAGGAGCACUACACGCACCUUUGAGCGUGUUGGCUUUCUCAACGCACCUCCUGAGGCUCUCCUCAAGGCUUUGACGUCACUGCGAGCGCAAGUCAGAUUGGAAGGCUCAAGGAUGCCGUCUUUUCUAGAAGACAUGCUAGAGCGAUAUCCUCAGAUGGCAGAGAAUGAACCAGACGAACCAGGAUAUAUCUACCAAAGACAGGAGAACGAUACUCUCUUCGAAGCUUCGUACGUGCACACAAGCGACACAGAUUGUAACGAUUGCGAUCGUACCAGAAUCGUUGCCCGUACUGCGCGUCAAAAUCCGAGCGUCCCUCGGAUACAUUAUGGAGUGAUUGCGUCAGGAAACAAACUCGUCAAAGAUGCCAUCGAACGAGAUCUCAUACUGAAGGAGUCUGGAGAGGACUGUAUCUGUUUGGAAAUGGAAGCGGCUGGACUCUUGAACUCCUUUCCAUGUCUUGUCAUUAGAGACAUCUGCGACUAUGCUGACUCCCACAAGAACGAUGAUUGGCAGGAGUAUGCUGCAGCAACAGCUGCUGCUUAUGCCAAAGAGUUUCUAGGAUUCGUGGACAAUCAGGACCUAGCUCAAGCAACGAGGGCCAUCGAGCGAUUUGAAAGAAGUUAG